GAAGUGGGCUGCUGUUUGUGCAGUUCCAUAGUUUCAGUUUUAUGCUCAGUCAGGAUGCUCCUUGAACACAAUAAUGUGACAUUUUAAAGGUGGAAGGUAGUUUUUAUGUGCAGCGUGUAAGUGAAAGUGUUGUGUUGUCUGUAGCAAGUUGAAUGUUCUUUUUGUUUUAAUGAAAAAAAAAGUGCGUCUCCUAUUAUGCUCUCUUUCAAAUGCAGAAGUUGUAGCCAUCGUCUUACUCUCCACUAAUCAGUGUAAGUCUCAAUUCUCUCCAUAAACCAAUGAGAGAUUCUGAAAACCUUGACGUCAGAGAGUGUUCUCUUGGUUUAUAAAUACCGACUCCUACCCACCCACUUGGUAACAACAGUCAGUCGACAGCCGGAGAAGGAACGCUUUUUUUCGCCCCACGGAGCACAACAAUAAAAGACCUGCAGGUAAAGUAUGGCUCGUACCAAGCAGACUGCUCGUAAAUCCACUGGAGGAAAGGCGCCUAGGAAGCAGCUGGCUACAAAGGCUGCCAGGAAAAGCGCGCCCUCUACUGGUGGAGUGAAGAAGCCUCACAGAUACAGGCCUGGAACUGUUGCUCUGCGUGAGAUUCGUCGGUACCAGAAGUCUACCGAACUGCUCAUCAGGAAGCUGCCAUUCCAGCGUCUGGUCAGGGAGAUUGCUCAGGAUUUCAAGACCGACCUGCGUUUUCAGAGUGCAGCCAUUGGAGCUCUCCAGGAAGCCAGUGAGGCAUACUUGGUUGGACUCUUUGAGGACACCAACCUGUGCGCUAUUCACGCAAAGAGGGUCACCAUCAUGCCGAAGGAUAUUCAACUGGCCAGGCGAAUCAGAGGAGAGCGUGCAUAAUUGAUUUGAUCAUGUCUUUUUAGUGUGGGGUGGGUUCUUGGUGGGAGGGUCUGACUGGGGGUUGUUUUGUAAAUCUUGAUCUGCAUGUGUGUACUGUCAUUUGUAGUACCUGCCUUUUUUUGUACUUGUUGAAUCUUUCUCCCUGCUGUCUUUCUUUAGCAUAGAGCUUCACAUCUGUACAAACAUAUUCCACUGCCUUUCUCAGGUUUGCAUAUUUUAGAAAUCUGUACAUCUAAUCCUGUGUGUGCAUGUCAUAGGAUUUCUUUUGCUGUAAAUAAACUUUCCGCUACCUCAGAA